AAGGUCGGGAACGUUAUCGCAUGCUCUGGAUGUCAUUCAAUGGAGGUGCUGCCAGUGUUGAGGAAGGUGGAAGAUGGGAAGAGUUUGAAGUAUUGCGCGAGUAUCGUUCGGCAAACUAUGAUGGAAGCAGACAACAGAUGCAUUCAUUGUGGUCACUCCGUUCAUCAUGUGGGCCCCAUAUACAUCGGUCCUAUACACAAUCGACGAUUUGUGGAAGGAAUCCUAGCUAGUCUCAAAGAAACUUUCGAGGAAGAGAGGCUGGGCACCCAUAAUCGUCUCUUGGGUGUUCUCAUAAAUGUGGCUGAG